AUGUCGGCCACAGAGCAGAUGGCACAAAUGCUAAACGAAUUAAUGGGUGUAAAACGAAAUGCGGAUAUUGGCGAUACGGAUGAGCCGGAUUUCGAUGAACCCGAUGUGUGCAAGAAUUUCUUAGUUGCAUUCUGCCCAAAUGAAAUGUUCAGGAAUACGAAAGCUGAUCUUGGUUUCUGUCCAAAGAUUCAUGAUCCAGCUUUACGACUGAAAUAUCGCGAAAGCAGUCGUUUUGAAAAAUUAGGAUAUGAAGAAGAGUUUCUAAAUAAAAUUCGUCGUUUGGACGAUGAAGUACGUCGAAAAAUUGAAAAGAAUGAACGUCGUCUUGCCAUGACACAACCAGUCAUUAAAGAUGCUUCAAAAGAGGGCAGUGAGGGCGAAACAGAUGCACAACGUAGGCAAAAAGAACUUAUUGCUGAGCAACAGUCUAAUCUAUCUGCCAAAAUCAACGACUGUAUGGAAAAAGCCGAAGCCUUGGGGGCAUUGGGUAAAGUGGAUGAAGCGAAAGAGCAAGUGCGACAAGCGGAUAAAUUCAAGCAAGAGCGCGCGGCUUUGGAUCGUUUGCUAGCACAGUCAGCGAAUCCUACAAGUCAUAUCGAGGACCUCGCCAAUCAGCUUUCAAAACCGAUGGAAGUCUGUGGAUGUUUUAUGCUUGUAAAUGAUGUGCAGCAACGAAUAGAUGAUCAUUAUGCCGGUAAACAACAUAUGGCAUAUGCAAGAAUUCGAGCGACAAUCGAAGAAAUGGAUCGAAAAAGAGAAGAAAAACGAAAGGGGAAGAUAGAACGCGAAGACAAGGAAAGGAAAGAUCGUGAAAAGAAAGAGCGAGACGACAGAGAACGACGAAAUGAAAGGGAUCGAGAACGAGAAAGGGAUCGUGACAGGGAGAGAGAUAGGGAUAAAGAUCGGGAUCGAAGACGGGACGAUAGGGAUCGCGGGCAUCGGCACCGUUCUCCACGUUCACGGCGAGAUGAUGAUAGACGCUACGAUCGCCAUUCUGAUAGACAUCGAGACAGAAGAGACGAUCGGGAUCGGCACAGAGUAAUCUUUUAUUAA